AUGAAAGAUCAAGAUGUUGGAUCGAACGAGAAAUACGGCAUCGACGACAACAUAAACUCCCAAACAGACGGGACACAGUCUCUGGAGCAAAGCGAAAAAGUCCACAAUGUGAUAUCAAUCACUAGAGCAGACAUUGGCGAUCUUGAAAACGUCAUUUCGACUAUCGUUUCACCUUCUGGUAAAGAAGUUAAAGUGACUGGAGAUGUCGACGAGGCGAUGCGGUUAGCGCUCGAGUCGCGCGAAAUCAAGAUCACAGAGCAAGAAGAUCGCAAACUUGUCUGGAAAAUCGACUUAUACAUGUUUCCGUUGAUGUGCAUUUUGUAUGCUAUUCAAUUCAUGGACAAAGUUUCGAACGGGUCUGCUGCGGUGAUGGGUUUACGAGAUGAUCUCAAAAUGAAGGGCAAUCAGUACUCCUGGGUCGGAUCUGCGUUUUACUUUGGGUAUCUGUUCUUCAACUUGGGUCCCGGUCAGCUGAUCUUCCAAAAGUCCCGGUGGCUUGCAAAGACUUUAGCCGUCUUUGUUGUUUUGUGGGGUAUGAUUCUGGCACUACAUGCGGCGCCUACGAUCAAUUAUGCUUCGUUUAUCUUCUUGAGAGUGCUUUUGGGUUGUGCUGAAAGUAUGGUUACGCCAACCUUCACCAUUAUCACGUCUCAGUACUGGCGCAAGGAAGAACAUUUCAUGCGUGUGUGUCUCUGGUUUGGAUUUAACGGUCUAGGUGGAAUCUGGGCCAAUUCGCUUGCGUAUGGGCUUUACAUCAGACAGGCCUCUUACAGCAUUGAAGCCUGGAGAGUUUUGUUUGUUGUGACUGGGCUAAUAACAGUUUUUGUCGGAUUUGCCAUCUUCUUCCACCUUCCAGACGAUCCUUCGAAGGCCUGGUUCUUGUCUGAGCGCGAGAAACUCAUGGUUGUUGAGAGAAUCAGAGGAAACCAGCAAGGCUUUGGUAACCACCACAUUAAAUGGUACCAAGUGAAAGAGGCUUUCACUGACGUCAGAACCUGGCUAUUCUUCGCGUUUAGCAUUGGAAGUAACAUUCCUAACGGUGGUUUGACGAACUUCAUGAACAUUCUAAUCAAAAACGACUUUGGAUACAGUACCAAGGAAUCGCUGUUGAUGACCAUGCCUACCGGUGCUGUCGAAUUAGUCGCUUGUCCUUUGAUCGGCUUUCUCUCAGUAUGGUGUGCCAAAAAGAAGAUUCCCUUCCUACAAGACAGACUGAUUUGGGGUAUCUUUGCUGCUGUUCUCAGUGUUGUGGCCACAUGUAUGCUUGCUUUUGCCAAGGAGUCGAAAAAUGCCAGAUUGGCGGGUGCUUAUCUGCUUUACGUUGCUCCCGUCUCCUUCAUCUGUGUGCUUUCCAUCAUCAGCUCCAAUACUUUGGGAUAUACUAAGAAAUGGACGGUGUCCUCCAUUAACUUAGUUUCAUACGCGGCCUCAAAUUUGGCAGGACCUCAAACGUUUAUUGCUAAACAGGCGCCAGGUUACAACGGUGCGAAAAUUGCAAUGUUGGUUUGUUACGCAGGUUGUGUCGUUACUUUGUCGGCCCUCUACGUUUUGAACAUUUACGAAAACAAGAAGAGGGACAGAAUUCAGGCAGAAAGGGGACCCAGUGACACUAUUAUUGAGAACCUUGAAUUUGCCGACCUCACGGACAAAGAAAACCCCAACUUCAGGUAUGCUUUGUGA